GGAAUCCAGUUCUGUGAUCCAAGAAAGUCAGACGCGACCUAAAAUUCACAACAAAUGUGUUUUUCAGAUUAAUAUUCAGAGCACUUAAGCAGGGAAAUAAAAUAAGUUUAUCUUCACAGUUUGCCCGCCACCCCGUGCUGCCAUCAGUGAAAAUGUAGAAUGUACACCAUCACCUCCCCGGCCGGCCGGGGCGCUUUGAGCUGUGAACAGCGCAACAGGUUCAUGAGUAGCCUUGGUGCAGCCUUUUCCUUUAUUUCAAAAGAUGUGGUCACUAAAAUCCAAAUUCUGGAAAACUACGGAUGUAGUGAAAGGGGCCAGGAAUACAGAACAAUUCAGUCAAUGGUGAAGUAUGAGGUUGACAACAAGCUGGUGGACCUGAGGAAGCGAGGUGACCAUUGGGAUUCUGGCUGCCGUACUCUGUUGCGACUACACCGUGCCCUCAAGUGGCUGCAGCUCUUUUUGGAAAAGCUGCGGGUGGCCUCUGAUGACAGCAAAACUUCAGUCUUGUGUACAGACGCCUAUAAUGACUCCCUGGCAAACUAUCAUCCCUGGAUUGUGCGCAAAGCUGCAGUUCUUGCAUUUCAUUUACUGCCAAGUCGGGAAGAGUUUUUUGAAGUUAUGAAUAUGGGCACAACAGAAAAGGUUGUGGCCACACUCGAGGAAGCUGUCCCACUCAUUUCUAAGACCUAUGACAUCACACAAGAUCUGUAUGCUCAACAUGACCUGCUUGAUCUACCUUAGAUCUGUUCUUUUUUGAAGAGUACUACAAUAGUAGCACCUUUGAAUGUUUUAGAUAGUAAACUUUAUUUUAUCAGAAUCACAUGACCAAAGGAUAGGUUGUAAGUGUUAUUUAAAAAGUAAGUCUUUCAUCCAUAUGUUUAAAUAAUUAGCCUUUCUGUUUGGGGGGAGAUUCAAGUCCAAUCAGGAUUGGCAGAGUGAUGCAAUUUCCAAGUACUUGAAUUGCUGAAGUGGAGUCGCUACACUGCUUGCUGAAGGGUCUGCACCACAGAACAGAACGAAUUAGAUAGCUCUCUGUAAGGUGGGGGUAGCAGUGUCCAAGGUGCAUGUUUUUCUGCAUCAAAAGAUGGUAGUUCCAUAACACUACCAUCUCUAAUCUUCAGCAAAUACCUUCGGGAAGGACCUUGGUCAGGAAUGGCCUUUUUCCACAAGUCAUUUGGCCUGUCAGCACUUUGGUGGGAUGCUUCUUCAGGAGCAUUUAUGUUUAAAUACAGUUGAACAAAUAAUUUAAAAUAUUUUACCAUGGUCCUUCCAGGAGAUUUUUUUAGUGACAUUACAUUUGAAAUGCACCAAAAAACUUUAAUCUCUGUAACUGACCACAUUCAAUUGCUGUUCAAGUGAGAAGUAAUAAUUUGGAUCUCUCUCCCAUUUUCUGUACUUCUAAUGGUGUAGACCUACUGAUGUCCAUUUCCAAGGGUGGCAGAAGGUCAUACUUCGAGUGUUUAUUGUUUGUAUGGAUGGGGUGGGUUUAGAACCUGUGCGAAUCUGGAGUUAUCUGACUCAGUUGACUUCAGAUUGAGCAUUUACACACUUAGGAACUGGGAGAAAUGAUCAGGCCUGAGAUCCGUGGCUGAUCGUUUUUUGUCUGUCUGUCUUAUUGCAUCUUCUUCAGAAACAGUAGGAUCAGGUCUAUCAUGGCAGUGUAAGCCGUGAAUGAGUUGGAGCAUUUCCCUGUACAGUGAUAACUCAGCAGGUCAAUGUGAGAAGGCAGAGCAAAAAUGUGACUAGAUUUUGAUUUGUUGGCCUUUCAAUUUGUAAGUUAAUAGAGCUUCCUUCUCAAUUGCUCCUGGCAGUUUUAGGUGACCUGCUUGAAGGAGCGUUGAGAAUCAAAACACUGCAGGUGCUGGAAAUCUGAUCAGGCAGCAUCUGUGGAAAGAGAAACAUCAAAGGCCAUUCAUCAGAAUAGGACCAUGUUCUGAUAAAGAUUAUCUGCCCAAAUGUUCUUGACAUAUACUGACUGAUCUGUGUAUUUCCAGCAUCUUAUUUAUAUAGAAGGUACCCCCUUUCCAGUUCAGGUCUGCUUUAAAUAUACAGUAUUU